GAGACUCACAUUCACAUGACUGAUUCGCUCCCAAGCAUAUGUAGAAUGUUUCAAUGGAAUCCGCACUGUGACGCCACUUGAAGGAGUACACCGCGGGAUUUGGACAAACUCAUCCUCUGUCGAGAAUGUUCACUGGUCAAAGCUGACAUCUAUCCGAGAAAAAGACGAAGCCGAGGCGCAGAAAGAGCUCAAAUCAAUUGGUCUGGCGAGCUUCCAAGUUGACGAGGAAGCCAUGAAUCUCACGGAGUCGCCGUGGGACCUCAACCGAACAGAGCAAGAGCAACUUUUAUUCGGGAUCGGCGCGGAUAAUUUCAUCACCCUGGUGGCGUUUUGCCUGAUCUUCGUACUGGGUGUGCUGGGCAACUCCAUGGUGAUCACCGUGCUGGCACGGAGCAAGCCAGGAAAACCACGCAGCACCACAAACAUCUUCAUCCUCAACCUGAGCAUCGCGGACCUGUCCUAUCUGCUCUUUUGCAUCCCCUUCCAGUCUACCAUCUACAUGAUGCACACCUGGGUCCUGGGCGCAUUCAUUUGUAAAUUUAUCCACUAUUUCUUCACGGUGUCCAUGCUGGUCAGCAUCUUCACCCUCUCGGCCAUGUCCGUGGACAGGUACGUGGCCAUCGUACACUCCAGAAAGUCCUCCGCCAUCAGGGUGGCCAAACAUGCCUUGAUCGGCGUGUUGGUCAUUUGGAUUCUCUCUCUGGCCAUGGCAGCGCCCAUCAUGUAUUACCAGAACAUCUUUCACGGGGGAGAAAAUCUCACAUUUUGCUGGGAAGUGUGGCCAGAACAAAACCAGAAAAAAGUCUAUGUGGUGUGCACCUUUGUUUUUGGCUACGUUUUGCCACUGCUGCUCAUCUCUUUUUGCUAUGCAAAGGUUUUAAAACAUUUGCACAAAAAGCUGAGAAAUAUGUCCAGAAAGUCUGAGGCAUCAAAGAAAAAGACAGCUCAGACAGUGCUGGUUGUGGUGGUGGUGUUCUGUCUGUCAUGGCUCCCUCAUCACGUGGUUCACCUUUGGGUAGAGUUCGGGACCUUCCCACUGAACCAGGCUUCCUUUUUCCUCCGGAUUGCUGCCCACUGCCUGGCGUACAGCAACUCAUCUGUCAACCCAGUUAUCUAUGCCUUCCUGUCAGAAAACUUCAGGAAGGCUUAUAAACAAGUGUUCAAAUGCCAGAUUGGCACCGAAGAUGUGCCCUUCAACGAGAUCAAGGAGGUCCGCAGUAAGGCAGACACACCAACCAACUGCACCAAUGUUUGAUAUUCAAGGUUUGCAUAGAGGUGUAUGACUAAUUUAUGGCAACUUUAAAACUAAAACUGAAUUUAAAGACAGUGAAAGCCCAAAAUUGUAGAUAUUACGUGGCUGUUGCCAGGGCUUUUCCACAUAACCGCUGUAAGGUUUAAAUUAUUUGCACAAUGUUUUCAAAUCUAAUAUGUUCUUGUCUAAACUUUCUCUUUUUGUGAAAUCUUACAUUGAAGAAUGGACCCCAACAAAUCAAAAUAAUAUUAGUUUAGUUUAGUAAAGAAAUGUUCUUCCUCUAUGAAAAACUGUGCUGGGUAAUAUUGCUUAAUCUAACCAUGAAGACUCCUGAGUUGAUGUCACAACUACAGUUCGGUCCAGAAGCAUUGGGACAAUGAAUUUUCUUCAUUGAGAUGCUUUAACAGGUCUUCAGUGGAGCCACCAUCACUUGCUGCUUGUUUGUGGGGCUUGCGUCUUCACUUUACUAAGUGAAAAUGAAAAGCAUGCUCGAUUACCGUAGCUUUAGAUCAGGUGAAAAAAAUUUCCAGUGAAGAAUAUGCUUUUUUCCCUCCAAAUGUAUUUAUUUUUCAUGUACCAUUUAAUGGUAAACUCACAAAGGCAGCACGGUGAAUGUGUGGUUAGGACAUCUGUCUCACCGUUAUGAGGUUUGGGGAUUGAAUCUCAGCUCAAGUCCUCAUGGACUUUGCAUGUUCUCCCCGUGUUUGUGUCAGUUUUCUGCAGGUACUCUGCCUUCCUCCCAUAUUCCAGGUUAAUUGAAGUCUAAAUCAGGGGUCACCAACCUUUUUGAAGUGCAUGUUCUCCCUGUGCCUGCGUGGGUUUUCUCUGGGCACUCCGGUUUCCUCCCACUUCCCAAAAACAUGCAUGGUAGGUUGAUUGAAGACUCUAAAUUGUCCGUAGGUGUGAAUGUGUGCGCGAAUGGUUGUUUGCUUAUAUCUGCCCUGCGAUUGGCUGGCGGCCGGUUCAGGGUGUACCCCGCCUCUCGCCCGAAGAUAGCUGGGAUACCCUUGGAUGGAUAUUCAUCGAGGUGGCAUGGUGGACAACUGGUCAGCACAUCUGCCUCACAGUUCUGAAGACGUGGGUUCAAAUCCGGCCUGUGUGGCGUUUGCAUGUACUCCCCAUGCCUGCGUGGGUUUUCCCGAGGUACUCUGGUUUCCUCCCACAUCCCAAAAACAUGCAUAGUAGGCUAAUUGAAGACUAAAUUGCCCACAGGGCAAAACUUGAUUUCUAGAAAUCAGUGCAAAUAUUUUCAUUUUAGAAAUGAUCACAACGUUCCUAGGAAAUCACAAUGAUCCAUCGCUGGUGAGCUAUUUUUAGAGCAGGCAUGUGGGCAAAUCAUGUGGUCCUAGGGGGAGACCAGGUGCCCCCAGGCACCAUGUUGGUGACUCCUGCACUUAAUUGUAACAUAGUUGUGAGUGUGAAUGGUUGUUUGUGUCUAUGUGCCAUGCGAUUGACUGGCGACUAGUCAAGACAAGUGGGAUAGAAAAUAAAUAGAUGACAUUCACCACAAAGACCAGUGCCACACCCGCUUCAAAAAUGUCAGAAUCUUGAGGGAUCCAUCAGUUAAAUUCAGCUAUGGACCAAAGAUUUCAUAUGGAAGCCUCCUGCUACUACAGUCCAUAAUACAGUAUUCUGAAAGAUUUGAGAUUUGGCAAAAUUGCUUGCUACA